CAGACAUUCCUGAUGCUUAAGACAUAAAGAACGGGGUUUGUAUCCUGACAUCUUUAGAUGCGCACCGUGCCGUUAAAUGCGCAGUGAACAGCAUCACAGUGUAGCGCGUGAUCACCGAAAGGGGAGCAGCUGAGAGCUCUCGCUCAUAGGCGUUGAUUUUUUAGAGCAAAGUAACAGACUGGAAGCGAGAACACCAGAGUGAGAGACGAGGGAGGCAGCAGAUCAUACUUAUCUCUAGAAAGCCUAAACCGUCUUAGCUCUCGGACUUUUACUAUGAGGAAGGGAUGCUGGAUGUGCCAGAGGAGAGAAAUUCCCUCAUCUGGCGUCGUAGCGAUAAAUCAGCACGCGCCCCUUUUAAUAUUGACUAAAUAGGCUCACGGUAAAAAAAAAAAAAGAGAGAGAAGAAGAAGAAGAAGAAGAAAUACAUAAAUCAAUACAAAUAAAAAAAGGGAAGAGAGCGGUAAGGAAGUAUGUUCCGAGGAUGAUUUCAGCCAAGAAAACUCCAGAGAAGAGCCGAUACCGCCUCCAUUAUCUCGUUUGGCACAACAAACACCGGCAGUUGGAGAAAGAGCUCUUAGGGAGCGAGCAGGUGGACUUGGAGGUGCUAGACCCACGGGGUCGCACUCCUCUGCAUCUGGCUGUGACCCUCACCCACCUGGAGUGCGCUCGAGUGCUACUGCACUAUGGUGCUGACGUCAGCAAAGAGAACGGCAACGGCUGGACAGUUUUGCAGGAAGCCAUCAGCUUGCGUGAUGCUGAGUUGGUGCGGCUGGUCUUGUGCCACAGAGACUACCAGCGCACCGUUAAGAGACUGGCAGGGAUCCCCAGACUACUAGAAAGACUGCAGCAGGCGCAAGACUUUUACGUGGAGAUGAAAUGGGAGUUUACAAGCUGGGUGCCACUGGUGUCUCGAAUCUGUCCAAGUGACACAUAUCGAGUGUGGAAAAGUGGCCAGUGCCUUCGAGUGGACACAACACUUAUAGGAUUUGAGCAGAUGACUUGGCAGCGAGGAAACCGCAGCUUCAUCUUCAAAGGACAAGACUCCAGCGCCAUGGUGAUGGAGGUGGACCAUGACAGACAGCUGGUGUUCUGUGAGACACUACCAUGUUUCCCAUCCUCUCCCUCCUCUCGUCCUCAAAGUAAUGCUCUCAGUCUGUUGGGGAUUCUGCAGCCCAGUGAUGAGCAGGUAGCUGCACGGCUCUCUGCCCCAGUGGUCACAACACAGCUAGACACCAAGAACAUCGCUUUUGAAAGGAACAAGACAGGCAUUCUCGGCUGGCGAAGUGAGAAAACAGAGGUGGUGAAUGGCUACGAAUCCAAGGUGUACUGCGCCUCCAACGUAGAGCUGAUCACUCGAACACGGACCGACCACCUCACUGAACAGCACAAAUCCAAACCCAAAGGUAGUAAAACACCACUGCAAUCCUUCCUUGGCAUUGCAGAGCAGCAUAUGGGAACUACCAAUGGGCAAACAAUGGUGACCCAGAUGUCAUGCCCUGUGAUGAACAGCAGAGCCAUGACAGCUGAGGAAUACUUUAAUCCAAAUCCGAAUCACCCCCAUAGAGAUAUUGGUCAGCCUUGCCAUCUCACUACCAAAACACAAAGGUUCAAAGCCAAGCUAUGGCUGUGUGAAUCUCAUCCUCUGUCCCUGGCUGAGCAGGUGGCUCCCAUUAUAGACCUCAUGGCCAUCUCUAAUGCCCUGUUUGCUAAGCUCAGAGACUUCAUCACACUGCGUCUGCCUCCAGGCUUUCCCAUCAAGAUAGAGAUCCCCAUAUAUCACAUCUUGAAUGCACGCAUCACCUUUGGAAACCUGAACGGCUGUGAGGAGGGGGGAGUGAGCAGAACAGAGGCAAGUGUGGAUGGACAGAAGGACAGCUCCAGGACAGAGACACCGUCUCCCGGCAGUGACUCGUCCAGCGUGUCAAGCUCCAGCUCGACUAACUCAUGCCAUGGAGGUGAAAUUCCAGCAUCUGUGUUUGAGGCACCACGAGGUUACAGCAUCCUUGGAGGGAACCAGAGAGAGAGUAUGCGUGAGGAGGAGGAUGACCUAUUACAGUUCGCCAUUCAGCAGAGUCUACUGGAGGCAGGCUCUGAGUAUGACCAGGUGACGAUUUGGGAGGCUCUGACAAACAGUAAGCCAGGAACUCAUCCCCUGUCAUGUGACCCCAGCCGCCUGGAAAGAACUCCACAGCACAAGACCAGCCCUGAGUCCAGCUCUGGCAGCACACCAACCAGUGAGCCACCACGCAGCUAUGAUGAGCAGCUACGUCUGGCAAUGGAGCUGUCAGCACGCGAACAGGAAGAGGCAGAGCGACGGCAGAGACAAGAGGAAGAAGAGCUUCAGCGCAUCAUACAGCUGUCACUCAUGGAGAAGUGACAGGAAUCUGAGCAAGAAAAAAUCAAGGGGCAGGGGAGCAUGUGCAGC